AUGGCUCAGAUGCAUGUCAAACGGACUACCAUGUUUAAAGUGCCUGGAGAGCAUAUCGAUACGGUCUUGAAGGAGUACGAAGUUCUGAGGAAGAAUGCCAAACGGGUAAGCUCUCCUAGUAUGGCUUUCGAUGUCCAAUGUCACAUCGAACCAUAUAUCGUCUCAAACGUGAGCAGAAGGGUCUUGAAUACCGGCUCGCCGCUCAGCGACGGCUAUACGAUUGUAUCACAGUCAAUCUUCAAGAACCACGACGAUCACGAAUUUUAUAAUAAAGAAUGCGAGGCGCAUAAGGAGUUGAAGGCAAGAUCGAGCAUCCUAGGAACUGAUGCCGCUGAAUCGUCUGACAUGAGUCUAGAAAACCACAAGCAAAGUCCGUACUGGUGUGUUGACCCCAAAGUUGUAAAGAUCAUUACCUAUUCAAGUUCCUGCAUCUCUCAGCUGACAAAGCCUCCCCUGCGCGGUCGGGAGGAAUUCGAAUCAAUUCGGAAUACAUCCUGGCCAAUCGUUUCCACAGCUGCUCGUAAGGAGAAGCUCUGCGGCUACGUCAAGAAUGAUAUUUCUCGGAUGUCGCGUGCUUUGUAUAUUGUCCAUUGCGGGAUCGGAUGCAACUAA